AUGAGCUUCGUCACCCGCCGAGCGCUCUCGACGCUCAUUCCUCCCAAGGUCGCUUCUCCCAAGGCCAUUGGCGCCGCUCCUGAUGCCAUCCGCAUGCAGCGUGUCGUCAGUUUCUACGAGAAGCUUCCUCGAGGUGCCGCCCCCGAGGUCAAGGCUAAGGGUCUCCUCGGCCGAUACCAGGCCAAGCACUUCGGCAAGAACCCUACUGCCAAGCCCAUCAUUCACCUGAUUGUCUUCCUUGUCGGUAUUGGUUACGCCCAGAACUACUACUUCCAUCUCCGUCACCACAAGAACAACGCUCACUAA